CGUCACCGUCUAGUCAGUGCGCUUACCGUCGUGUACACAAAUAGUUGUUUAUUUUUAAAAUAGAGCAGGAUUGAGGUCAAAUCAAUUUUAUUAUAGUGGCUGUUAAAGAACAACCUUUACUUUUAACAGUAAAUUGUUAUGAAAACGUCACACUAAUUUGAAUGGCUAAACAAUCAUUCAUUGGAAAAAAACUAAUAUACAAUGGCUACUAACACAGCAGAAAAUGGAUCAAACUGUCCUAUAUGUUUUGAGAUUUAUAAGGAACCAAAAGCACUUGUCUGUUUACAUACAUUUUGCGAAGCAUGCAUUCAGGAGUAUAUAUUAAAAAGCAAAGAAAAGGGUAUACUAUGUGACGGGAUAGAGUGUCCUCUCUGCCGAUUUGUGACAACUGUCGACAAGGAUGAACCACCAGAAAAAUGGGCUAGAUCUUUACGACCGAAUUUUGCACUCGCUUCAUUACUACAGAGUGCAUCAUUUAGCAUAAAGUCUUCAGAGAAAGACGAAAAGUUAUGUCAACCAUGCUUGAAACAGAACAAUGCAACUUCUGCAACAAUCUUCUGCUCAGUUUGUAACGAGAGGCUGUGUGCUGAAUGCAAGAAGGUCCAUGAUAGCUUAGAGUUCACGAGGAAUCACGAAUCUGUUGAGAUUGAGAAAAGAGAAAAUGUUGAGUUUCUCACGGCUUUUCAAACUUUCCAGAGAUGUCAACAACAUGGCAAAAAGGUUAAGUUCUAUUGCAAAGAUGAAGACAAACUAUGUUGUAGUACUUGUGCUAUUAUUGCACACAGAGAAUGCAAAGGCUUGAUAGAAAUAAGCGAAAUUGCAAAGGAUAAGUGUAGCUCAAUUCAGCGUUCUAUACUUUCGAAGCAAAUAUCGGAAUUAGAGAAUACUAUGAAAUCGUCUGCAGCACACUUUGUCAGUGAAAGUAAGAAAUUGACGUCUCAAGCAACUGAGCUGAUGGACCGUUUGAAACAGCUUAAAGAAAAAGUUAUUGAGCGUUUCGAUGCAUUAGAAGACAACCUAAAAUGCGAAAUAAAAGCAGUACAAACAGCAAAAUCAUCUGAAAUUAUGAUAAAUGCAGUCGGAUGCGAUGAGAUUGCAUGUGAAAUGCGUCGUUUAAUGCAUAUGUUAGAACUUGCAAACCAAAACGGCACCGAAGAACAGCAAUUUGUCGUUGUGAAAAAGUUAAUGGACGAACUUGCGAGUCGAAAAUCUCAAGCCGAUUUAAAGUUUGCCAAAGUUGAAUCUAUAAACUUAUCAUUUAAUAUUCCCAAAACUAUGGACAAUUUCUUAAACAUGUCAGCAGAAGAUUUGUCUGUAUCAGUCGAGUCCAAAACAGAAAUUAUACCAAGCUGUGCUGCAAAAACGCUCAAACUGUUGGCCGAAGCCAAGCUUGAACAAGAUAUUGAAGAAUAUGAACCAUGUUAUCGAGGAAUAGAAUUUCUGAAUGAUGGUAGAAUAGUUGCAGUUGAUUAUAGUAAUAAGAAAUGUGUUUUGAUGAAUGAAAAGUUAGAAAGUAUAGGAGAACUCAAACUGCAAUACUCGCCGCUUAAUUUAGCAGUUACUGAGGACAACUGUGUUGUCAUUACUACUGGAUUGAGAAAGAUAUUAUAUAUCUAUGAAGUAAAUGAGAAUAAUACUUUAACUGAAAAACAUGUCAUCCCAGUUUCCCUGAAAUGUGAUUCUGUAUCGAACCUUGACCUCAAUAAAUGCAUUGUUGGUGCUUUUGAUAGUUCAGAACCUGCUCAUGAAGUUAACUUUGCCGGAGACAUAGCUCAGUUAAAUUUUAAUUUUGAAGGAAUGCAGUUUACCAAUGCAAGGAACUUCAAGUGCUGCUACACGAAAGAAACAAGACACUUACUUAUAACAGACAAUACAGAAAAUGCAGUUUAUAUAUGUAAUCUUGCAAACGGAAACAGGAGCACAGUUCAUGAUAAAAGUUUCAUGAAACUUAGAGGAAUUACGCAUUAUAUGAACGACUUGUAUUUCAUCUGCUCUUCAGGCACCGAUUCAAUUGUGCAGUUGACAACAGCUGGUAAAGUGUUAGCUGUAAACAAAAUAAAUAUGAAAGGUCCAUAUUCAGUCUGUACUUCACAAGACAAAAACAAACUGCUUGUGUCGAACAAUCUCGCAGAGGUAAAAAUGUUGCUUCUCUUCAAAAUUCAGUGAAAAGUGGUAUAUCGUAUGAAGUGUUGUUUUGAAAAUGCACUGAUAUGUGCUAACAAAUUCAGUAAAACAAUCUUAUUUAACAAAAUUUAGUGACGACAGUUUUAGCUCUCUGGAUUUUAUUGUUUUCCGAUCAUAUAAAGAGUCAUUAUUUGUUUCAUACUUCUGUUAAUCUAAUUCCUUAAAAGCACUGGUACUUAAGUACAUUCAUCCAUACCGGAUUUGUGAAGUUGUCGCCAUGUGUCUCAACGUGUGCCCGUCUGUCAGUGUCCGUCAAUCAUAUCGAUACGAAGCAAAAUUGUACAUAAUGGUAGGACGAAUGCGAAUCAUGUUAGGCCUAAGAGUUACAGCCUUUAAAAAUUAUUAAAUCUGUGUUUAGCGAUAUGGAUAAACCCAAGGGACCUAGCCCAUACAAACAGAAAUGCUUUGCUAUAAAGUGUAUUGGUAAAUAUUGUUUAAAUAUACAUCUCCUACCUGUAUAAUAUUUGCACCCCUCGUAUUUUAAAAGAUUAAUAUGAAAAAAUAUUACAAUGUAGUUACAUUUUACCCUUUCAUAUUCUACUUCGCAAUAACAACGUAAUGAAACAACAAAUUGUACCCAUAAAUAACAAAUUAUCUUGCCUCUUUUUACAAUAUCAUUUUGCAUAAUUUGUUCAUAUGAUAUAUCUGAAGUUUGAAAUUGAAUAAAAUGUAAUGAUUGUACACGUUUACAUAC